AGUCACCAUCAUCGUCCUCAGCAUCGUGCUCUGGAGGCGGAGGGCCCAGAGGUCUCCGGACAGAGAACCCUCGAUUCCUCACUUCAAACCUGAAGUCCAGGUCUAUGAGAACAUCCACUUGGCCCACCUUGGGACACCGCAUGCGGUGCUAUGACUGUGGUGGUGGCCCCAGCAACUCCUGCAAGCAGACCGUGAUCACCUGUGGUGAGGGUGAGCGCUGCGGCUUCCUGGACCGCAAACCCAACCCAGGACAAGCCAAGCAACCCUCCGUGACCUUGGGUCAGCACCACCCCGCCUGUGUGGCCACCCAUCAUUGCAACCAAGUGGACAUAGAGUCAGUGGGAGGUGUGACUUUCACAACCCAAAAAAACUGCUGCUUCGGAGACCUGUGCAACGGCGCCGUGGUGAGCUCCGUGACCCCUCUCUGUAUCUUGGCGGCAGCUGUUACCACCCUGGCCUGGCUCUUGCCGUGACUAUAGAGCGAGCAGAUG